CCCCCCCUUGCCUCUCUCACACUCGGCGCAAUGGCGGAGCAGCAGCAGUUUUAUCUCCUGCUCAGCAACCUCCUGAGUCCUGACAACGCUGUCCGGAAGCAAGCCGAGGAAACAUAUGAGAAUAUCCCUGGCCAAUCGAAGGUCACAUUUCUUUUGCAAGCACUCAGGAAUACAGCGGCUGCAGAAGAGGUAAGACAGAUGGCUGCAGUUUUAAUGCGGCGAAUGCUGUCUGCAUCUUUCGAUGAGGUAUUCCCAAGCCUAGCACCCGAUGUGCAGAAUGCAGUCAAAGAUGAACUGCUUCUGGGUAUCCAAAUGGAGGGAUCGUCUAACAUCAGGAAGAAGACUUGUGAUAUUGCAGCGGAGCUGUCAAGGAAUCUAAUUGAUGAUGAUGGAAACAACCAAUGGCCAGAAAUUUUGAAAUUUCUCUUUGAAUCUGUCAGCUCCCAGAACGUGGCGUUGCGUGAAGCUGCUUUGCACAUUUUCUGGAACUUCCCAGGAAUUUUUGGAAACCAACAGCAACAUUAUCUUGAUGUUAUCAAACGAAUGUUACUUCAAUGCAUGCAAGAUCAAGAAAACUCAACGAUUCGAAUGCUUGCUGCCAGGGCUGCAGCAGCGUUUGUGCUGGCUAAUGAGAAUAAUACCCCGCUGCAAAAACACUUUGCCGACAUGCUGCCUGGUAUCCUACAGGCUGUCAAUGAUUCCUGCUAUCAAAAUGAUGAUUCAGUGCUGAAAUCAUUAGUGGAGCUUGCAGACACAGCACCAAAAUAUUUACGUCCUCAUCUUGAACCCACCUUAACAUUAAGCCUGAAGCUCUGUGCAGAUACUACACUGCAAAACAUGCAGCGCCAGCUGGCACUGGAAGUGAUUGUGACUUUGUCUGAGACAGCUUCUGCCAUGCUACGAAAACACAGCAAUAUUGUAUCACAAGCUAUUCCACAGAUGCUGGCAAUGAUGGUGGAUUUAGAGAAUGAUGAAAACUGGUCAAAUUCAGAUGAACUUGAAGAUGAUGACUUUGACAGCAAUGCUGUUGCUGGUGAAAGUGCACUGGACAGAAUAGCCUGUGGUCUCGGUGGUAAAGUAGUGCUUCCACUGAUAAAAGAACACAUCAUGCAAAUGUUGCAAAACCCUGAUUGGAAAUAUAGACAUGCGGGUCUGAUGGCCUUGUCUGCUAUCGGGGAAGGUUGUCAUCAGCAAAUGGAGGGGAUUCUGAAUGAGAUUGUGAAUUUUGUUUUGCUGUUUCUUCAAGAUCCACACCCAAGAGUAAGAUAUGCAGCUUGCAAUGCAAUAGGCCAAAUGGCGACUGACUUUGCACCAACUUUUCAAAGGAAGUUUCAUGAUAAAGUCAUUUCAGCACUCUUGCAGACGAUGGAAGAUCAGGCGAAUCCACGAGUUCAAGCUCACGCUGCUGCUGCUCUCAUUAAUUUCACUGAAGAUUGCCCCAAGUCGCUGCUACUCCCAUAUCUUGAUAAUCUAGUAAAUCACCUACAUGUUAUCAUGGUAGCUAAAUUGCAGGAGCUUGUUCAGAAAGGUACUAAGCUGGUAUUGGAGCAAGUUGUGACAUCCAUUGCUUCUGUGGCUGACACUGCAGAGGAGAAAUUUGUCCCAUACUACGACUUGUUCAUGCCAUCGUUGAAGCACAUUGUUGAAAAUGGAGUACAGAAAGAGCUUCGGCUCCUGAGAGGGAAAACUAUUGAGUGCAUUAGCCUUAUAGGCCUCGCUGUUGGUAAAGAUAAGUUUAUGCAAGAUGCCUCGGAUGUGAUGCAGUUGCUCCUAAAAACCCAAACGGAUUCCAGUGAAUUGGAGGAUGACGACCCACAGAUAUCUUAUAUGAUCUCUGCUUGGGCAAGAAUGUGCAAGAUUCUUGGUAAGGAAUUCCAGCAAUAUCUUCCAGUUGUUAUGGGGCCGCUGAUGAAGACUGCUUCAAUUAAACCUGAGGUGGCCCUCCUAGACACUCAAGAUAUGGAGAACAUGAGUGAGGAUGAUGGAUGGGAGUUUGUAAACCUUGGAGAUCAACAGAGCUUUGGAAUCAAAACUGCAGGUUUAGAGGAGAAGGCAACAGCUUGUCAGAUGCUGGUAUGUUACGCAAAGGAGCUGAAGGAAGGGUUUGCCGAAUACACAGAGCAAGUGGUGAAACUGAUGGUUCCACUUCUUAAGUUUUAUUUUCACGAUGGUGUUCGUGUUGCUGCAGCUGAAUCGAUGCCUCUGUUAUUGGAAUGUGCUCGUGUCCAAGGACCUGAGUAUGUGACACAGAUGUGGCAUUUUAUGUGUGAUUCUCUCAUCAAAGGAAUUGGUACAGAGCCAGAUUCUGAUGUUCUUUCUGAAAUUAUGCAUUCAUUUGCAAAGUGUAUAGAGUUGAUGGGUGAAGGCUGCUUAAACAAGGAACAUCUUGAAGAACUGGGAAAUAUUAUGAAGGGGAAAUUAGAAGAACACUUCAAAAAUCAAGAAUUGAGACAAGCAAAAAGACAAGAUGAAGACUACGAUGAACAAGUUGAAGAAAACUUGCAAGAUGAAGAUGAUAGUGAUGUUUACAUCUUGACUAAAAUUUCGGACAUCCUGCAUUCGAUGUUCAGCUGUUACAAAGAUAAAGUGCUGCCAUGGUUUGAACAAAUUCUACCACUAAUAGUCAAUCUAAUUUGUCCGCACAGGCCGUGGGCUGACAAGCAGUGGGGUUUGUGCAUCUUUGAUGAUGUAAUUGAGCAUUGCAGUCCUACGUCUUUUAAAUAUGCAGAGUACUUCUUGAGGCCCAUGUUGCAGUACAUCUGUGACAACAGCCCUGAGGUCAGACAAGCAGCUGCAUAUGGCGUUGGAGUUAUGGCACAAUUUGGUGGAGAGAAUUACAGACCAUUCUGUACAGAGGCAAUUCCACUCCUGGUGGGAGUUAUUCAGAUGGAAGGGUCCAGAUCCAAAGAAAAUAUUAAUGCAACAGAAAACUGUAUAUCUGCAGUAGGGAAAGUCAUGAAGUAUAGACCUGAAUGUGUAAAUGUCAAUGAGAUUUUACCUCACUGGUUGUCAUGGCUACCACUGCAUGAAGACAAGGAAGAAGCAGUUCACACUUUCAGUUAUUUGUGUGAUCUUAUUGAAAGUAAUAAUCCAAUCGUUCUUGGACCCAAUAAUUCCAGCCUUCCCAGAGUGUUUGCUAUCAUUGCUGACGGUCUCACGAAUGAAGCUAUAAAGAAUGAAGAUGCCUGUAGCAAACGGUUGGCAAAUGUAAUUCGACAAGUACAGGGUUCGGGAGGACUGUGGACUGAGUGCAUGACUUCACUUAACGAAGCCCAGCAGGCAGCAAUACAAAAUCUGUUGAAUACUGCUUGAAUGGCCUUAAAUAUUAACAUGCAAAAAACAAAAAUCAUUCAUGAUUUGUCCUUUUUCUCCCUCUUCUGUGAGAGAACUGUUGUGUGGGUCACUUAUGCAGACCGCAGUGAGUACCAGGAAGCUCUGUGGUUCAGUAUGUUCUGUGUUAAGGCAUCUCCAAAUUACAGAGAAAUAUCUUCAUCACUCUUCCCCCGCCGUCCUUAAAAAAAACCAAGCCGGCCCAUACAGCACUGAUAGUUAUUUUUCUACUUGUAUCACCAGAACAUGGCACAAAUGCAGUCAGUUUAAACUUAAAAACUUUCAUAUCAACCAUAACUACUUUCAAACAAGUUGCUCUAGUGUUGGUAUGCAUUAAACUGGUAAGAUAUUUCUAUGCAUCUAGUAUUGUACUUCUAAAUAGUGUGGAGAUUAUUUUUCCGUUUCGAGGUAGGCAAUAGAUUCACCUACCAGUUAAACAGCAGCAUGCGAGAUCUCUCAUUUGUGCUAUUGUUUUUUGAUAAUCACACCCUCUUUUCCUUUUCAGCACUGAAUGCUGUCCUGCAAAUUCUGAAAUGUGAAUUCCAUUAGUGUGUUCAGCAGUACCUCUUAGUCCAAUGAAACAAUUUAUGAAAUGCGUUGGCAAAUCCGUUUUGACACAGCUUACGUUUGAUGUCCCACUGUCUAUGAACAGACAAAUCUGCUCAUGAAUUUAUAUGGUGACUUGGUGUUGUAGCUGUUGUAGGGUACCACUUUCCUGCAAGGAUAGUAUUUGGGCAGUGCAAAUUUGAUUCAAGCAGUGUGUGUGGGAAAGGAGAUUGGGGAAUUUCUAAAGACAAAAUCAGUGAUUGUACCUUGCUUUAUUAUGCGACUUCAAACUUGCAAUAAUAAAAAAGGCAUUAUUAAAUUGUCUGGUGUCACCAAUUUCUAUGCAUUCAAAAGGCACAUGGUUUAUAUUGCAACCAUUGCUUUAAAUGAUUUUCAGUCACAUUUCAGUACGUUGCCCACUUCCAUCAUCAUGUAUGUUUUGUAGGAAAUUCAAACUGGAAACUGAAACAGUGACAUUUGCACUCCUUUGAGUAGAUUGAAAAUUUUUAUUGAGGUGUGCAAACUUUAGAACUGGUGUUGCAUGGCAUUGUGGCGCUAACUGCUAGGAUACAGACAACAGCAGUACACUUAGUACAUAGGUGUAAAGCAGUUUUAAUUUUUUUAAGCUUUUAGGACAAAUGAAGAGAUGUUUUACAAAAAACUGGCUGACUUGAUUUCCUUUACAUUUAAAUAACUUGAAGAAAGUUAAGUAAAUUUAACAAAAGAAUCAAUGUGAUAUUUGAAAGUAGCUGGAAGUUUAAUUGGUAAUGGCAGACCUUUAUUCCACUAAUAGCUGCUCUGGCAGUGUUAAAAGUAUUUAUAGUUAAUUUUCUUUUUUCACACCGCUAAAUUUUGAUUUUACUAACUUCUGUAGAAAGCAACUCUUAAUGUAAUUCAAUUCAGAAUAAAUGAUGCAAAACCUGCCUCGUUCUGGUAA